AUGGCAUCAAUUUCCAAUGAAGAAGGCCGUUUAUUUUUUAUAAUGGGACAUGGUGGUACUGGAAAGACAUUUUUAUGGAAUGCAAUAAUUUCGAAGUUGAGAUCACAAUCAAAAAUAGUUCUCCCAAUUGCUACUUCCGUAAUAGCAGCUUUGUUAUUACCAAAUGGUAGGACAGCUCAUUCGCGAUUUCAUAUUCCUUUGGACAUAAGUGCGGAAUCAACUUGUGAAAUAAAACAAGGAAGUCAGUUAGCUGAACUUUUGCUGAAAACUUCUUUAAUCAUCUGGGAUGAAGCACCGAUGACAAAUAAAUUCUGUUUUGAAGCCGUAGACAGGACGCUGAGAGAUAUCCUUCGAGUGAAAUAUGAAAACAAUUCUGACAAAACAUUUGGAGGUCUUACGGUCGUAUUUGGUGAAGAUUUCCGUCAAAUACUACCAGUAAUUUCAAAGGGAACACGCGCUGAUAUUAUAGAUGCUUCGCUAAACUCCUCAUACUUGUGGCCAUUUUUAAAUGUGUAUGAGUUGAAGCAAAAUAUGCAACUUUGUAGUGGCAAAGUAACUGACCAUGAGGCUGCUGAAAUUACCACUUUCGACAAAUGGCUAUUACAAAUUGGAGAUGGAUCUUUUUAUGACGAUGUGAACAAUGAGCUCAUUAAAUUGCCUCCUGAUAUAUGCAUCACACCAUCCAACGAUCCAAUUGACUCAAUCGUCGAGGAAGUUUACCCAUCUCUCUUGCAGAAUUACGAUGACCCAUCAUAUUUGAAAGAAAGAGCAAUACUAACGCCUAAAAAUGAAAUGGUUCAGGAGUUGAAUGAUACAAUUAUGAAAAUGAUACCAG